UAGUCAUGUCAUUGUCAGACUAUUUCCUGUGCGAAACUAAUUUGAAAUGCUAUGGGUUUUCUUCCACCAUUUACCUAACUUCCCUUUAAGUUUAAAAGUUAAUACUAAAUUUCCUUGCUGGGAAAACAUAAUUUAUGUGAAAACUGUAUUGAGGCAGAUGAAAUAGAAAUAAUGGAAUCAGUAGAGGGCACUAGAUAAACAUCUCUCACCAAGAGGAAGUUUCAAGUAGACAAACUGGACAGUUUAUGGCUUAAAAGGGUAAUUCUGCACUAUUGCAGUGUGGCUACAGAUAUGUCUGAGCACUGAAGAAAAGACUCUUUGGACUUUUGCUCUGCAGAGAAACCAAGUUCAAGCAGAACAGCAUGUGUGGCUACUAACCAUUCUCCUUAACAUUAGAUAAACAAGUCUGCACUGAAGCUUUUCUUGUGGAUUAAAGCUGUUGUUCAGAGAAAGAGAGAAUCAACAACUGCUUGUCAUGAACAUCUGUACCUACAACCCUAACAGCACACUGCAGGAGAAUGUCAAGCUCUUUGAACAGAUUGUUAACAUCCCUGUUUUCUGUUUUGGAGUCAUUUUUAAUGUCUUUGCUUUCUGGGUGUUCUGCUUCAAAUUGGAAAAAUGGACAGAAACCAGAGUGUACAUGAUCAACUUAGUCAUUGCAGACUGCUCCCUGCUUUUCACUUUGCCUUUUGUGAUGUAUUUUCAAUGGAAUGACUAUCCCAUAGAUAACCUCUGCUUAGCAAUACAGACAAUAUUUUUCACAAACACACCCAUGAGCAUCAGUAUUAUCACUAUCAUAGCAGUGGAUCGAUACGUUGCAAUAAAGUACCCCCUAAAAGCAACUACUUUACGGUCCCCAUUGAGGUCAGCUGCUCUCUGUGCAGUACUUUGGAUAAUCAUGGCAAUAUAUGCUUACUUCAACCCUCGAUUUCAAAAAGGAAAGGAAAAAUUUUGCUUUCAGAAAACAUCUUAUGAACCCCUCUACAUAGCACUAUUCUCAAGUAUUGUGGGUUACUUUAUUCCCCUAGGAAUCUUGAGCUUUUGUUCUAUACAAAUCAUCAGCUGUCUCAAGAAGAAGAUAAAUGCAACCCCUCAUGAAGAAAAGUUGACCCAGAAAGCCCUCUACAUUGUCUCUGUGAACCUGAGUGUAUUUAUUAUAUGUUUUUUGCCUUUUAAUAUUGGUCUGCUUCUUAGCUUUGCAGUGGAUGUAGUUGGAGUUGUAUGCAACACACGACUGAAGAUUAGAACUUUUAUUCGUGUGGCUGCGUGUGUAGCAAACAUUAAUUGCUGUUUAGAUGCCCUUUGUUAUUACUUUGUAGCCAAAGAAUUUCAGGAAGCUUCUGCUGUGUUCUCCGUUUUUAAGUCUCUGCAGUUUAGGACAAAUCAAAGCCAAGAGACAGAGCAAGUGAACAUGUAAAAAUGUAUGAUACAGGCAAUUCCAGAGCUAGGAAAAGAUCUUAUUCUGCCUUUUGGGCAUCCAUGUAAGUGAUAUUCAAAUAUUUGAGUGUGACUCCAUCCCACCAUGCCCAAAUUCCUGAAAAAACAUUAAUAUGUUUAUUUUUGUAACACUCCUCUACCUUAGUCUUAAAGCUAAGUCACAAGAAGCAAUAAAAAAAGAAAAGGGCAAGGUCACUUUUUGCAUUAACCAUUUUUCAGGACUCGAGUGGGAUGGAAUCAUAUUAUACUUUGAGACACUAAAUAGGAGGUAUAACCUCAAGCCCUGAUGUAAAUACUGAUGUCUAAUAGUCAGUUCAAUAACCGUUAUUAAAAGGUUCACUCCCCCUUCCUGGAAAAUGGAAGGAAACCUAACUAUAGCAUGUGAUAAAUCUGGAAGGAAGCUGUGACAAACAUUUUUUAAAAAUAAAAGGAAAUGCUGUACUGGAA